AUGGAAGACAAGUACUGCCUGGUAGUAUUCGGCUUUGACGCCAGACUACAGGAUGUUCUGCGCAAUAUGGAGUACCUUAUCCCAGAAGUUAGAGAGACAGAGUAGAGGGUGGCGCUUCAAACUGAUCUCUGGAAGGAGGACCUCAACGAAAUUCGACCCUUCUGGAGUGAGGAAAUCCUGACCACCAACAAGCGCCAAGGGGAACAGCUAGAGUUGCUGAUGCCGUACCUGGGAAAUCAGCCCUCAGAGGAAUUGGUAAGCGAACUGGAGACUGAGGUGUGGCUAGAUGAUUCCUACACAGCCCUGUGCUGGCAUGCCUACCACUUCUACCCGUGGCUGAUCGAGUAUAAGUGUAUUGAGGGGGGAGACUACGAUAGCCCUGGUUUGUUGUGGGAGACUAUGGAAACUAGUCUCUGGUUCGGAGAAGCCGACAUUGCUCGAUUCUGGUCCAUCCGAGCUGAGCGGGCAGACAAUUGGAACCUUACUGAGAUCGAUGCCAUUCCGCCAGACCUAUCUUUUCUUGCCAACUGGGAGUGGGAACUAGAACAGGAUUAUGUUUGCCUAUUCCAACGGGCAACGCCACCUGUAUCUGACAUGAUGGGGUGUAUGAACUGUACACCACCGGGAGCGUUGAGUUUCAUCCCUCCUCCCCAGCAACUAA